CUCGUAGGCGCGGGAGCCCUGGUAGCCGCUCCCCGGGGCAGGUCUUUACUUGGUAAAUGGCAAAGUGUCUGAGAGGACCAGUGGCCAGCUCUACGUCGCCCAUAUAUCUGCCCCAUCGUUGCGGUUUGCGAUGCGGCGCCGCAACUGCGUCUGGGCGGCCGGGCUGCUCUGGCUCUCGACGCCGGCGUGCGCGACGGACGCCGCCGUCGCGCUCCUCGCGGACGGCGCGAACCCCGCCACGACCGACGCCAUGCUGCGCAACCUCGCGACGCUCGCGCGGACGUGCGAUUGGGCGCGCCGCUACGAUGUGAUCGUCUUCCACGAGGGCGGCGCCGCAGGCGACGCCCUGCGCCCGCGCCUGGCCGCGCUUCGGCGCCGGACCGGGCUCCGCCUGCGGGCCCGGGACGUCUCCGACGUGUUCGCGGCGCCCGCGCCGGCUUUCGUGGACAGGCCGCGCCGGCGGGGCCAGCGGACCUUCGGCCUUGGCUACCGCCGGAUGUGCCGCUUUUGGUUCUCCGGCGUCUUCGAGCUCGAGGACGUGCGGAACCUGACGUACCUGCUGCGCCUGGACACGGACUCGGAGCUCCGGUGCCGCGCGGACUCGCGCGACCCCUUCGAGGUCAUGGCCCGGCGGCGCGCCAUCUACGGCUACGUGGCCGUCAAGAUGGACCACCAGCGGGUCGCGCGAAAUUUAACCGCUUUUGGCGCUGCCUAUGCGCGGCGCGUGCCACAAAUACAGGACGCCUUCUUCCGCUUCCCGCCGAACGCCCACAAAAACUGCCCCGCGCCCAUGUUCUACACGAACUUUGAAAUUAUGGACGUGUCCUGGUUCGUGCAACCGCGCGCCGUGGCGCUCGCGCGGGCCGUCGACGCGUCCGGCUCCCGCGCAGUGAAAAUUUUUUUGACGAUGCGCCGUCGACGCGAUGCCCCCCGCGCAGGACGGGGCAGAUCUUCGCGAGCCGCUGGGGCGACGCGCCGCUCCGGUGGAUCCAGCUGGCGCUCUUCGCGAGCAGGACGGACCUAGUCUGUUUCGGCGGCGAGUACGACUACGUGCACGGCGGGCGCCAGGACCGCUGCGACCUGUCCUUCAACCUGACGGCCAGAGGCUGCCCGAUCCGCGAGAGUCUUCGCGCUGCGCGACUUCGCGGCGCCGCGGCCCGUGUCGCGAUCCAGCGCGAGGACCAAUGGUGCUACCCCGUGUGUAGCCAGCAGCCUGCAAGACACUAGGGACCCCUAAUCCGGGUUGCGGCUUCCAGGGCUCCCGCGUUUAGGAAAUCCCGCGCGCUAGAGAGAGUAGGGGGUGGCCUUUUAGAAACCCGCGAGCUCACGAGGCCCGGGGCUCGAUCGC